CUUUACUUUCAUUUUCUACACUUCCGGUUUGACAUUACUUCCGGGCGUAAUGCAUGAGGAACGCAAUUAAACGUACUUUACGUUGAUUUGUUAGCGUUACAUUUGACAUUCAUUACUCUAAUGAUGGAUGAAUCAAUGAUGCACAUUCGAAUCCGUGAUGUGAAUCCCAACAUUGUGUGUUCCCUCUGUGCUGGCUACUUUAUUGACGCCACAACUAUCACAGAAUGUCUCCAUACAUUUUGCAAGAGUUGCAUUGUAAAGUACCUUCAGACCAGCAAGUGUUGUCCCCAGUGCAAUGUCAAAGUUCAUGAGACGCAGCCAUUGUUUCAUCUGCGAGCUGAUCGCACACUUCAAGACAUUGUGUACAAACUGGUUCCGGGGCUGUUUGAAAGUGAAGAAAAAAGAAGAGAAGAAUUCAACAAGGCCAGGGGAACCAUCACAGUGAAAAAGGAUGGCAAGGAAAAGAAGAUAGAAGAGAACCAGUUGGCUCCUCGUCUGUCCAGCAUCCUCAACAACCCCCAGAGUUACAUGUACAGAUAUGAUGAACAGAUCUGUCUCUGCCUAGAGAGGUUUGGACAUCAGACUGUGUCACAUCAUGGAAAGAAUGUGCAGCUGCAGCCGUUAGAGAAGAAGUUUGUUCGGUGCUCCAUUCGUGUCCUCAUCUCCCAUCUCAAGUCCAUGCUGUACAAGAAACUGGGCAUCCCAUCUGCACUGAAGUUGGAGGUGUUGUGUGGGGAGGAGGAGAUGGCGGAUGAAAUGUCCAUGAAGCAGAUCUAUCUCAUGUACUGGUGCCGGGAAGUGCCAAUGACAUUGUUCUACCGAAUCCAAGAACCAUGGAUGAUAACGUGAGAGUAGCCCAAUCAUCGUUUCAAAUCUGUCCAAGACACCCGGUGAUAUCACAUCACUCCCAUCUGAUCACUGUCAGGACAACAAUAGAGUUGUUGCCAUGGCAACUGAGCAAUGGCAGCGUUCGUGACAAUUUGUGUUGUUUCCUGCGCUUCCUUAUCGUGCAUGACUGAUCUGCUGAAGAUUGUUACAUUUGUGAUCUUGUACAGUACAGCUUCUCAUGGCAGCAUUAUCGUGUAGACUAUUUCACGGUCAGCCAUCAAAGACAUGUCAUCUCAUCUAUGUUGUCCAUUACAAAAGGAACAGCUUUCCUUGUCAAAUGUGGUGUAAAAAGAUAUGCAAGCAAACACUGGAUAGGGAAGAAAGACUUGUUAGCCAACUGUGUGAUCAUCUUCAUGUACAAGAGAAUGACAAGAAUGAAAAGUCAUUUAUCACGUUUCCACAUUCAGUAUGGCUCAGAUUCCAAUGCUGGGGUCUUCAUCUAAAUGCCAGUUCACUGAACCCCAUUAAUCCAGAAAACUUGUCUGGAUUAUUCAGUUUCCUGGUUACCAAAUCAGGGGUACAGAAUGAUGCCCUACAUGCAAUAGAAGUUAAACUACAGCUGAUUUUUCUUAUACUCUUUUGAGAAGUGUAUAGCUGGAUGUUUCUCACACUAAACAGACUAACAGGGUCCAAUUUCAUGACCAUGAGAUCUUUCACUCCGGUCCAAUACCUUUGUAUGCUUGCCGUAAAAGGCGACUAUGCUUGUUGUAAAAGGCGACUUAACAGGAUCGGGUGGUCAGGCUCGCUGACUUGGUUGAUGAAUGUCAUCGUAUCCCAAUUGCGUGGAUCUAUGUUUAUGAUGUCAAUCACUGGAUUGUCUGGCCCAGACUAAAUUUUUUACAGACUGCCGUCAUAUAGCUUGAAUAUUGCCGAGUGCGGCGUAAAACAACAAACCAAACCAAAACUUUGCAUGUGAAGAUUUGAGGACACCUCAGUAGGAUAGGGAACUUUCUAACAGCCAAUCAGUGUUAAGGCUUCUAAAUUCUCAGUACGAGUGUGUUAAGCAUUCAGACAACCAAUUUAACGAAGGAAUUCCAAAAUCCAAAACUUAAAAAAACAGCACCACUAUAUUUUUGGGGAUAUGUUACACAUCCUGGUGUUUCAGUGCAUCAUGGGAUCUACACCAAAAAUAUUGUACUGUCGAGUGUAUAUUGUGUUCUGUCUUGGUUUUCUUUUGCGAACAUGGAUUUAAAAAAAAAGAGUUAAAUUUUUAGAUUUCCUAAAUGCAUUGGUUUCAUUUCUUCAGAACCUCCAUUCUUAAGAAAAGAAACCAAUGCAUUUAGGAAAUCUGACAUUUGAUUGGCUCACACAUCCUACAUUUAUAUUGGGUGAUCAAAGUUUAGAGUUUAUCUGAUACAACCUUCUAUGGAGGUGUCCACAGAUCUUUAUGCAGAGAAAAGAUGUAAGAGUGAAAAGAAAUGAUUAUUAUAAGAUGGAACAGUUGCAAGUAACAGGGCUUUAUACGGAGAUAAAUGUCAGUAGAGGGUGCCAUCAACCCAGUCGUUACCGUUAAAGGAACACAUCACUUAUUCUUGGUUGCAAGGAUGGAAGAUUUUUCUUCUAAAAUGUAUUAGGCCGUUGACAGUUUACCUAUUUCUCAUGCAUCAUGCCAGUCCUGUGAUUGUGAAGCAUGCUGUGUGAAGGGUCAGUUGUGGUUAUGUCCUGUACAAACAUCGGAUUUAAUAUUUGUUUUGUGAAUGUCAAAACUGGAGUUUGAUUUGAAGGUUUAUUUUCUUGCCUUAACCAUGACACGAUGGUUUCUCAUGUGUGUUCUGUAUGUGUAUUGAGACCAAAAGCCUGUUGACUUCCAAUGAGAAUUUCUUGUUUUUAUGGCCUUACUCGCACUAAAUCUAUUUCAAAUUUGGCAUCCUCCCCAUGUUGCUGAAAAGAUAAAAUAGUUCAUUAUCAUGAUAAUCACUCAACUAUUGCAGUAGUAAUCAAGAGGAGUGAGUUUGGUUUUACGCCACAUUUAACAAUAUUCCAGCAAUAUCAUGGCGGAGGAUGCCAGAAAUGGGCUUCACACAUGGUACCCAUGUCGGGAAUCGAACCCGGUUCCUCGGCGUGACGAGCGAACACUUUAACCACAAGGCUACCCGACCACCCCUAAUCAAGAGGAGAAACUCAACGGAAUAUUGUGGAAUCUGGUUUUUACAACACAUUCUUCAAAUGUUUGGGGGGGGGGGGGGGGGUUGUGUGUGAACUUUCUAUUUACUUCUAAGUGAAGCCCACAUACUAAAAUAUCAGAAAAUAUGUAAUGUAAUGUACAUCAUGAAAUUUGGCAUGAGAGUGUUGUUAGUUAAUAAGAUCUAUGGAAUGUGUCACGAAAUUUAUGUGAUUGACGCUUACAUUUUUACUACAAAAACUAAUCAGCAGACUUGGGUCAACAGUGUUAUGCUGGUAAUCAUGAGAAUAUUUGACAACAAAGAUGCCGCCAUACAUGGUUGGCAACUGUCAUCACUGCUUGGACAUCUUGUGACAAACUGACCACACUUGACCUGCAACUUGGUGAGAAGCACUGUCUAAGUCUAGUGCUCUAUUACUCUGUUUAUUGUGAGCUUUGUUAUGUGUCAUUGUUUCCGCCUGUGUACACUGCACCUGACAUGACAUUACAGCAUGCUGUAAAAAUUGUCUGUACUCAACACAAGAAAAUAUUGACAGUCAUGUAGGGGGCACUUAGAAUAUUGCUUCCCUGAAGGUCAGGUUGGUGCUUAUUGGAGCAGAGUGCUUAAUAUGGCGAAUGUAUGCUCAAAUUCUCAGCCCCCUGGGGAGUAUACAUAAAAAAAGUGGAGUUUGAACAACUUGAAUCACACUUGCUUGGACUUUCUCCCGAGCAUAGCCCCUUUAAUGAAGAUGUUCAUCACUGUGGAUUGUUUAAGAAUGAUUAUAACAUCAAAUUUGACACGAAUGUACUGGUGAUGCACCAGACUGUUCAGAUAAUGUAAAUAGACCCAAGAAGAUCGGAGGAGCAGAGGUCUUCAGCAUCCCAUGCUUGUCAUAAAAGGUGACUAACGGGAUUGGGUGGUCAGGCUAACUGACUUGGUUGAUGCAUGUCAUCGAUCCAUAUUGCGUGGGUUGAUGCUCACGAUGUCAGUCACUGGAUUGUCUGGUCCAGACUCGAUUAUUUACAGACUGCCGUCAUAUAGAUGGAAUAUUGCUGAGUGCGGCGUUGAACAACAAACAAACAAAGAUAAUGUAAAUAGAAUGUGAUGUCUGCAAAAUUGUUGACUUAUCUCAUUUGCCUGAAAAUGUGAUGUUACAUGUGAUGUGUGUGAAGGAUCCUAAUUGCAUAGAUGGAUGUUCCUGAUGUCAGUCACUGGAUUGUCUGGUCCUGACUCAAUUAUUUAUAGAUGCCUUAGCUUGUGAAAAAAAGGUUGUGCAAGUCCCUAUGACUAGACAGAAAGAAAUGAACCCAAAACAUUUACUAGUUUGAAUAGGGAUAAGAUGUAUAGAUACUAGGGCUGGGACGCGUCAAAAUGUAAUACCCGAGUACCUGAUCUCCCUAUUACCUGACCCUACCCGGGUACCUGUUGUAGGUGUCAAGGUUGGGUACAAAAUGUCCGAUUGGGAAUUGUUUUACUAGAGCCAUGUCAAAAACUAUUUAGAUACACGUAUAAAAUGAUCUGAUCAUGCAUACACUGAACUUGACUGAAGUUUUAUCUUUACAUAAACACAUAAAAGUCAGAAAGAAUGCAUGCAUAGUCAGAAAACUAAACAUGCAAACAUAAGUGAUUAUUAUUGUGAAUGCAAAUGAACAAUAUAUGACAUGACUAACCUCGGGUCUGGGUAGUCCUGCAGGUACCCGGGUCCUACUCAGGACCCAACCAACCCGAGUACCAGAGUUACCCAUCCCAGCCCUAAUUGAUACCCCAUAAAAAUGUGAAUGGGGGUGGUCGGGUAGCCUGGUGGUUAAAGCGUUCGCUUGUCACGCCCUGGUUCAAUUCCCGACAUGGGUACAAUGUGUGAAGCCCAUUUCUGGUGUCCCCCGCCGUGAUAUUGCUGGAAUAUUGCUAAAAGCGGCGUAAAACCAUACUCACUCACUAUAAAGCUGAGUUCUACUUGCCCUUGGGAUACGUCUGACCCACUGACGCCGGCUUGUGUAAAUUUCUAUCCCUGCUAGAAAAACAGCCAGACACAGGGUUACAAUAAAUUCAAAGGUCAGUACAACAUACCCACCCUCAUCCAGUGAUAGAUGCAAUGUUACCACAUUAUUAUUAUCAUUGGAACAUAUGGUUUCGAAUGACAAUGCUGUUGUACCCAUCAGUUUUUUAUGUGAUGUUAAAAUGUAAAAAUUGUAUGUGUUUUCAUUUAAUCAACAUCAUAAAGAACAUUGUUUCUGUCUUAAGAUGUUUUGGGUCAAUAUGCUAAGAUGAAGGCCAAACAAAAAUAAUGGAAAAAUGGUUGGUUGAUUUGUUGUUAAAGUUAUUUAGCGAAAACUUUAGAAAGAUACCAACAACACAAAAACACAAUCAACAAAACAUUUCAUUUUGGGGCAGACACAGGAAAUAAGAAAUACAUUUCCUGCUGGUUUGUCUGGCGACAGUUUUUGAUAGUAUAACAUGAAAAAGGUCAAGGUCAACAAGAAAUAUUAAUUGAAUUUUUAUUGUCAAUUUUCUCAAGCCGUUUUAUUCUGUAGUUUGUACUGCAAUCUGUUUCAUGAAAGUAGAUAAUGUCCCUUGUGAGCAUUUCUGUAAAUGAGUAGGGACAUUCAACCUUAUGUUAUAAUAUUACCGGUAUGUAAAACCUAAUAUUGUUAUUUUAGUUCCUUUAAAAACUAAAAAAAAUUCCCUAGCAGAUAUAUUGUGAAUAUUCAGGGCAUUUUAACCCUUGCAACAUCAUUGUGAUAGUUAAUAUUAUUUAAGAAUUAUUAUGAUACUCCAUAAUUUAGUUUUUCAAAUAUUUGAACGAGGGCAAAUCUUUUACCCAAGCUAUUUUCUUAAGCAUUGUUAAGAGAUGUAGACAAAAAGUACAAACAAAAAGGCUGCUUGUUCCCUGAUAUAACCUGACAAAUGAGUUUCAUACUAAUAUUUCAAUGUUUUUCGUAACUGAAAAAUUGACUUUUCCGGUAGGUAUGUCCUUUGUUUUCAGAGAUCGAGUACUAGUGAUCAAACGUAGUUAAACAUCGAUGAAACCGAGCCCCUACUGUGCUUCUGAUUUCUGUAAAAAAAUCUGUAAUGUACACAAAAAAUACGGACUGUCAUGUAGAUUUCCAAACUUGUUCGGAUUACUGAUAAAGAUUACGUACAGAAUGGUCCAGUAGUUGAUCAAGCUUAUUGGAGCAGGGCACAUGAUAUGGUGAAUACGGUAAUAUGACCUGCCCGAAGUAACUCAGAUGGUAAAACUGGACAGGUCGUUGUUAACGCUAUUUCUUCUGUGUUUAUUAAAAUUGCAGAAUUGUAUGAAAUGGAACAGGCACUUAGGAACUGAUUAUAGAAUUGUUAACGGCAUUUCAUGUUUAUGUUCAUCUGUAUCAGUGAUGCUUCUUCAAAUUAAUUACCAGUAUGUACCGGUAUGUAUUAUAAGAAUUACUCAUUGGAUAAAAGAUCUGGUCAGCUUUGGGAAGCAGUAAUGAAAUGUCAAUAGAGGGUUAUUGCUUGUUGUAUGUUAUAGGUAAUUUUCUACCAAGUAUAUGGAGUGUGAAAGCUGGUCUGUUCAUAUGUUGUUUUGAUUUGUUAAUAAAGAAAUUGUUUAUUUUUA